AAUCCAUUAGAGAAAAAAACCCUUUAAAUCAUCCACACACAUGCUUUGCCCUACAAUAUCACUGGUACCAUAUUUAUUCUCAAUAUUACAAGGUAAUUCCAAGAUGUCAGACCUACAGGACACUUUUUUGACUGGAUUGGAAGGGAUCAAGAAAACAAUUCUUCAUGGGGGAUCAGGGAACAUCCCCAAAUUUAUCACAGGAACUAAGGUGACGUUCCACUUCCGCACUCAGCUGUGCGAUGAUGAACGGACAGUAAUAGAUGACAGCAAAGUGGUGGGGACACCUAUGGAGAUCGUCAUAGGCAACAUGUUUAAAUUAGACAUCUGGGAGACACUGUUGUCCUCCAUGAGAAUUGGUGAGGUGGCAGAGUUCUGGUGUGACACAAUUCAUACUGGAAUCUAUCCACUUGUCUCUAAAAGUAUGCGACGUAUAGCUGAGGGGAAAGACCCAGUGGACUGGCAGCUCCACACAUGUGGCAUGGCCAACAUGAUGGCGUACCACAGCCUUGGAUAUGAUGACUUGGAUGAGCUGAUGAAGGAACCGAGACCCCUCUUUUUUGUUCUGGAGCUGAUCAGGGUGCAGCAGCCCACUGAAUACAAUAGGGAAUCCUGGGCUCUGAAUGAUGAGGAAAGACUGAAGGCAGUUCCAGUGCUGCAUGGUCAGGGGAAUAAACUCUAUAAACAGGGACGCUACCAAGAGGCCACACAGAAGUACAAGGAGGCCAUCAUCUGCAUUAAGAAUGUUCAGACAAAGGAGAAGGCAUGGGAUGUCCCAUGGCUAAAGCUGGAAAAAAUGGCAAACACUUUGACCCUUAACUACUGCCAGUGUCUGCUCCGCAUGGAGGAAUACUACGAGGUUAUUGAACACACCACGGAUAUUAUCAACCAACAUCCAGGUCAAGCAAAGGCGUUCUACUUGCGAGGGAAGGCCCACAGCGAGGUGUGGAAUGAGGCGGAGGCUCGGCAGGAUUUCAGUAGAGUGUUAGACCUUAACCCUGGAAUGAAAAAGGCAGUCAAGAAAGAGCUGGCAGUGCUCAGCAUGCGCAUGGAAGAGAAGAACCAGGAGGACAAGAACAAAUACAAGGGCAUGUUUUGACACAUUUACUCUAAAUUGACUACAACGAAGCAGAUUGGACAUUUGCCUCUUGUUUCUGGGGGGCCCGCUUGCAGACAAGAUGGCGCCCAGACAUCAAUAGCCAUAAGCAGAAAUUCCACAAGAUUCUGGAAUUAUAGCACUUUCUAUUAAACUUUUAAUGUAAAUAAACUGUAACUGGUACUGUUUCCAGUACAAAAUAAAGUUUUAGUGUGCAAGAUGAGCUUUAAAUGGGGCAAAAACAGUGAUUGUUUUAUUCCUUUCAAAAUUGAUGUUAACAAAGAUGUUGAAAUUGGUAAAAUGUUUAACAUUUUUUACUGGAGCUUUGGCACCAGUGAUUAAAUUCCUUCAACUACCGUAACUUUUUAACCCUUUUAAUGCAAUCGAUGUGGAUCGGCUUAUUCUGUCACGAGGAAAAGUGGCUUUGCACAAAUGAGCAAUACUUUAUAUUAGUAAAGUGUUGCAUACCUACACAAAGCGGAUCAGCUGGAGGGAGAGACACAACAUGAACUUCCAGUUCCGUUUGAGGACUUUUGGUUCCGGCUAAGGAUGUCUGGGCGCCAUCUUGUUGUCUGCAGACAGCCAGGUCCUCUUGUCUUGUCCUGAGCUGCAUCCUCUGAGAUUUGCCUAAAUAAAUGUCAUCAGAAACCGAAAUAAAUACUUCCCUUUCUGAUUUGUAUCUAUUUUUUGUCAAUUCACACAGAUCCAGUUACGUUUGAUUUACAUUUAAAGAGGGUAUUUGAAUGCAUAAAUGGUCGUUUUUCUUUAAAGUGAUUGCAUGACUUUAAAAAAAUUCAAAAAUGGAGUUGGAUGUAUGCUGAACUAAAUAAUGUCAUAUCCAGACAGAAAGGUUUUCAUGAGACCGUGUUCUUGUUUUCAGGAUGCUGUCAUUUAAAUCUGAAGUCAUUGUGGUGAUGUGUUACUAUUACCCCAGUUUUUUGUUACUAAACUAAAUGUGAACUAGAAUGUCAGACUUUGAAAGUCUCUGCUGUUGUUCAGCGUCUCAAGAAGUUGCAGAUGAAAAAACUGUAAAGCAUUAGGACUUAACCUAAAGACAUCGAAAACUUGGAGCUACAAGAGCUCUGAGAGAAGAAAGAAUCGUAAAAGAAGUAGCAGGAAAGUAGAAGGCCAAACAAAUAAUUUAGGACAACAAAAGAAAGGAGGUGAAAACAAAAAGGUUGAAAAUUGAAAUAAAACCCAAAUAAUAGAAAAUAGACAAAAGAAGAAGGAUGAAAAGUCAGCAGAAAAGCAGGCAAGGCAGGCUAAAAUUGAUUCUGACAAACUGUACAACAUGACCAGAUGGAAAAGGUGCAAUUUAAAAGAAAAAAAGGCAGACUCCUUACUUAUCUUCUGCCAGAUACACUGUAAUGGAGAAAAAGCAUAAGCACCACACAAAGAGGAAAAAAUGUACAUGUUUUUGUAAAACGUUGUCUGGUAGUCACUAGUACCCAUAUUCUGACAUCAUCUGUUGUGAUCUUAAAAAUGUUUUUGUAUCGAGUGAUUUGUUGAAUGCUUUGCACUUCAGGGCCACCGUAGGCAUCACUUCAAAAAACAAACACAACUUCUGUGGUUGCAGAGUUCAUCACAGAUGACAACCCAAAUAAAGUCUCUGAUAUCUGGAUCACAAAGGUCAAGAGCUGCUUGGUCCAGGGUUAGGAAACACAACAUUUCAUCUCAGUUUUGUCUCUUUCCUCAAAGUAUUAGUCUGGAUACUCUGGUUCCAACAAAAAUGAUUAUUUAAAGGACUACAAUGUAUUUGUCCAUUGUUCACAGUGACAAUUAGGACAUUUCUAAAUAAGGAGAUUCCAAAGUGUUGUCAUUUCGUACCCCUACAGCUAAUCACUCAAGUGUAAUCCACCCUUUCCUCUGCAGCCUCCUUCCUUCCUAACACCAACAACCCUCAUGUUAUGCUUUCAGUUCUGGUUCUGCCUUACACUCUUGCAUUUCCUUUUCCCUUUUUGUCAUCAAAGACACUUUCCUCCUCACCUUUUUCUUUUAACAAAUAGUAGUCCACUAUUAAAUGAGUAAAAAUGCACACAGGAAAUGACUUACAAAAAUAAAUAUCAUAAUUCUGAAAAGAAAUGCUUGUUUUCAUCACAAAUUGAAUUACUUUCAAUUUUAUUUUAAAAUACCAUGGUUAUUACUAUUCCUUAAGCUCAUAUUUAAGUUAGUCAGUGAGUAUUUUUGUUUUUAUUUAUGUUUAUGAUUUUAUAGGUGCUUUUUAAUGGUGCUCGCUAAAAAAAAAAACUUUAACAUUUAUAUUAACUAAUCUUAGUAAUUGUUAUGUCUUACUCUCUGUUAACUUGUAGAACAUUACAAAAUGAAGAAAAACUAAACAUUAUUCAUUCUAGAAAUUUCUGUUUCUCUUUUGUGGCUUAAAAAGAAGUAAAGCUGUAGAACGAGGCUGCAGGUGAAGCUUUCAUCAAAAUUGAGAACAAUGAAAACUCUUCUGCCACCUAAUUUCCCUGAAUCUCAGGAGACAUAAAAAUAGAUUCUAAGUCAUUCUAAUCAGCAUCAAGCUGAUGUUUCAUAUAUUUGUGUUUUGAAUGCAGGAAAAUAUAAAGUAUGUAGAGCUCCAAGCAUUCAGUGGCAUUCAGAGUCGCAGGCUGUCUGAUCAGAGCACAUGUUGAUGCAUCGUGACUCUUCUGUCAACAGGAAGUUCUCUGUCUGCCCUUCUAGGACCUCAAAAUAAAUCAUUGUACUCACAUUUGA